AGAAAAGCGAAGAAGACGACGAAGAAAUCAAGAUGUCUUUGCAGGCGACGUGUUGUCUUCUGCUGGGCCUUCUGCAUCUUACUCUGGCUCACAGGCUUGUCUUCGAGCCUUUCGUGGAGCUCACCGAGGAAGUGCCGCGGACCCCGAAGGAAGAGCUGUACCGCCCUGCUCUGGACCGGCCCCGGGCCAGCAGUUCCGGUUUGGGCUUCGGCGGCGCCUGCACUCACGACGCCCAGUGCGCCGAUGGUCUCAUUUGCACAAGGAACGAACAGCGCGGCGUCUCCCAGUGCCUGUGCUCCCAAGCGAGGCCCAUCUACGUCCACCAUGCGGGCGUCGGGAAGUGCGUACGCGCCAAGUCCCUGUACGAGUCGUGCGUGAGCAACGCCGAGUGCAACAGGGACAACCCGAACGUGGAGUGCGUCGACUUCCUCUGCUACUGCCCGCUGCCCUUCGUGCUCACCGAGGACCGACGCUGUCUGGCACCUCCGGGAUACGGUCACGUGGCUGCUGUAGUGACGCCCGUCAUCAUGCUCUCCCUGACAGCGGUGCUGGGCAUCGCCUACCUCUACCACCGGGUGUACCGCGACAGCUGGGUCCCUGCCGAGCCGCACGUGGUGGUUGUGCCCUCCACCGACACCAUUCCGCAAGCACCGAUGACACCGACGCAGCCAAAGCCGCGUUACAUCCGGGGCCUCUCCGUUGUCACCGGCCCUCCUGUCUCGCCGCAGGCACCACGGGAAGAGCGCCGAAGUGACGGCAGUGACCACACGGGCAGCCCUUCGUCGGGGCCAGCCACGCCAAAGAGAGCAGCGACCCCGAGCCCGGCGUCUCCCCGAUACGCCAGCACCGGCGACGCGCUUCAGAAGGGCGGCGUGACCAUCGCCGUGUGUAAGGGCAUCACCGUCCGUACACUCAUGCCAGAAUCACCGGGAGCAGAUUGAAGGAUACCGAUGCAGAGGUUGCUGAACAGAAGUCCAGCAGUAGCGCGGCCGAGUUGGCGGCUCUGUAAGCGUGACUGAGUUGGGCUUUUAGUUAUUGGAGUUGGUUUCGAACAAACUCUUAAUUCAUUUAUUUCUCGUUGCCGAAUAAACUUUUGCAUUACAUAUUCGU